GCCUCUUCCCGACCUGAGGUCGAGAUGUCUAAGCGGCAAGAAGAGCAGGAACUGCAGAAGUUCCUCAGGGAUGUGGAUGAAAUUACUAACUUGAUUCAAGGUCUGAAUUCCACCGACCUGGCAGUUCAGGAGGAAGCCAUUGCAGAUACAGAGAAAAGACUUGGAUCUACUAAGGAGAAAGAAGAGGAUGAAUGCACACACAGGGUGGACCGAACAGUCAUCAAUACGCGGCCUUCUGUAAAGGAUUUGCCAAAUCAGGAGGGGAUGACAAAUCCUGAGCCCUUCAUGGCUGCUUUGGAAAAGGACGCCAAAGAACGAGCCAAGAGAAGGAAACAGAAUGAAGCCCUUGCCAAUGCACUGAAAGAGCAGGGGAACGAUGCUUUCAACAGAGGGGACUAUUCAGCAGCCAUCCAGAAAUACACAGAAGGCCUGAAGAAGCAGAAGGAUAUGCCGGUGCUGUACACCAACAGAGCGCAGGCUUACAUCAAGCUGGAGGAACACGAGAAAGCCGUCCUUGACUGUGAAUGGGCUUUAAGGUGCGAUGAAAAAUAUCUCAAAGCCUUCUUUCAUAUGGGGAAAGCAUACCUGGCUCUGAAGCAUUAUGGGAAGUCCAGAGAGUGCUACAUGAAGAUUUUAGAAAAUGAUCCCCACAAAGAGAAGUUGUGCAAAGACUGCAUGAACGAAGUGGAUUUGGAAGAAAAAAGACAGCGUGAGGAAGAGAAGGCCACUGAGGAGUUUGAAUCGGGGAGGUGCAAAGCCGUGUCUGUGAGCCAGCUGCUCCAGAAACUCAGCAGGCCUAAUGAAAAUGCCCUUUUCUAUGCGGGCGGGAUCCAGCUUUUGACUGGUACCGUACAAGAUUGCACUGAGCAGACCUUGUUCAGGACAAACAAUGGAUUCAGUAUCAUCAAUGACAACGAGGUCAUCAGACGAGCAUUCCGUCCUGAGAUGAAAUCCCCUGCCGAAGAAGAGCUGUCUCUUUCCCUUCUCCUCCUGUGGCAAGCAGUCUGCAAAGGGAACGAGGAGAACCAGCGCCUGCUUCUGACUCACCCCUACGUGAACUCACAGCUCCCCGCUCUGUUGCUUUCGGAGGUGUCCGAAAUCCAGGAACAGUGCUUGGCCCUCCUGUCUCUCUAUGCGCAGACAGAACAUGGAAGGAGUCUGCUGCUCAGACACCUGGACCUCACCAAGUGGCUGCAGACUCUGAUGUCCUUCGUUAGCGUUUUUGACAGCAGAGCUAGUCGGGCGAUGAACCUGCUGACCAGCCUCAUUGUGGAAGAGCAGUUCAAGAUCCAGUGCCGUAUCAAGCUUUCCACUGGGGUAUUGCCGCUCUUCGCGCAGUUGCUGAAUUCCGUCAAGACGGUGGACCAGACGGCCCUGGCGCAGUGCGUCUCCAUCAUGGGGGACCUCUGCUCGGACGCGGUUAUCCGGAUCCAGAUGGCGGAAAGCCAGGAUACCUGGCAGGCCUGCUUGAACCUCGUGGACGAGUGCUGGUCUGAAGGCAAAGUCGCCAGAUACCCGGUCUGUCUGCAGGCAGUCCUCGGCCUAAUGAUGAACUUCUCUCUGGAACCCAGCUUAGCCAUUCAGGAGCUUGCAGAAGAGAUCUGUCGGAGAUGCAUGCGCCUCCUCAGCAGCCAAGACGGAAUUGUUGUGACACGAGCAGUCGGGCUUUUGAGUCGCAUCCUGCCUGCCAGCCCGGUGGCCGUGGAAGAGGCGGUGAAGCAAGGACUGGUGAAGAAAAUGAUCCGUGUUCUGAAGGCAGGUGGGCAGAUCACCUCCGGCUACGCGAUGAAGACCCUCGCUGUUUGCACCAAGAACAGCCGACAGGCUCAGGAAGAGAUUGCGAAGCUGGACAAGAGAUGUAGCCUGCUGCUCAAGCUUUUGUGCUCCCAAGAUGAGGGGGUGGCAGGAAACGCCGCUUUCUGCCUUGGGAAGUGCCUGGAGGUGCCCGGGACGGCCACGGAUCUGUUAGGCACUGACGUGGUGAGGACAUUACUGAAACUCGCCAGCAGGGAUGCACAAAAGAGCUCCGUGCAAGAAAACGCGGCGAUUGCCAUAGGAAAGCUCUGCGCAGCGGAUGCCAGACACACCAGCCGGCUGCGGGAGCUCAACGGAAUGGCAGUCCUCAGCUCCUCGGUGAAGUAUGUGCAAGGAUUUUAAACUCUGCUGACGGUACUCUGCAGUAAAUCCACGAUGCCUGCUCUGGCCAAGACCGCACCUGUCUUCCCUCCCCCCUCAAUAAAAGAGAAUUCAUGA